AUGGCUGGGCAGGGCUGGGUGGGGCUGAUUUGCUGGGCCCUCUUGGGUGCUCCUGUGGCCCCCCAGCCUGGCUCCCCAGUCCCUGGUGCUUUUAUUACCACCUUGGCCCCACGUCCUCAGAGCGAGGCUUCCAUGCUAUCUCUCAACCUGGGGCUCAACUUUAAGUUUCAUGUUCGGGGGCCUGGAUCUGCCUGGGGAGGACUUGCCACAGAGACCCAGCCUCGAAUCCAAGUUCUGGACCAGGAGCCUGAUGAUGUGGGCGGUGGGCUGAGAACUGACACUAUCCCUGAACUGUCAAUGAGUUCCCCAGAGUGGGGGUCUGCUGAGGGCAGUGCCAUUGCCAGCACUGCCACUCUGCCUUUGCAAUCUACCUCUCCUGAUCCUGGGCCCAGAGAUGGGCUCCCUCUCCUGGGCACACUAUCCCUGGACACCAUGUUCCAGGCCACAGCUCCUCCUCCCGGCACUCCAUGGCCCCACAAGAGUGAAUUGGAGCUGAAGUUUGAUGUGGCACUGAGAGCAGGGGCAGCACCCACUCUUGGGCAGAAGAUGCUGCCUUUGCUGCCUAGCCUUCGGGCCAGUCUCGCAGAGAUAGCAGGCCGACUGGGUCCCUUUGGCUUCUUUGGCACUACUCUGUCCUCCCAGCUGGAGCCUUUGGAGGCUAACCUCACAAGCAGCACUGUGGGCCCAGACUCCCCCCAAAGUGAUGGUUCAGUGGGGACUGAACCUCCAGAUGUCACUCCCAUGCCCAGCGACCCUUCUCCGACCAGCCUGAGGAGCUCAUCGGCACAGCCAGAGUGUGGGGCGGAGGCCUGUGGCCCCCCAGACCUGCCCGAACCUGAGGAUCCUCCUCCAGCGGCUCCGUGGCCCCCCUUUUUUCUGAACUUAGAGGCCGACUGGGCCUCUGCCCGUGCCCGCUGGGGGCUGGCCUGGGAGGCUCAUGUGUACGGGGUGGGCGCGCUCUUUGGGCUGGUGGCCUUGUUGGCUCUGCUGAGUCUGGCCCUGCUGCCCUGGCGCUGCCCACCAGGAGCCCCAUGCUUGGCCCUGCUCAAUCUGCUCCUGCUUUCAGCGGGGGCCGCCCGGGCCUUUCCCCUCUUCUACGACGCCUACGGGCACAGAGAGAGGCUGCCCGGCCUGGUCCGGCUGCUGCUGCACGACUUGUCGCUGCCCUGCCUGGCGGCCUGCCUGGGGCUGGCCUGCCUGCUGCUGGCCCGCCCCCACCCUCCCCGCUGUCCAGGGGGCCUGGCCACCCUGCUUCUCCUGCUGCUGGGCCUGUCCGCCGGGGCCACUCUGGCCGGAGCCGUCUCGAGGCCGCUUCUCCCCCUCCUGCUGGCCUCCCGGGGCCUCGCUGCCCUCCUGGCAUCCCUUUUCUCAGGACUCUUGCUGGCUCUGUCCUGCCGGAGCAGCCGGCGGCGGCCAGGGGUCCCUCUGGGCGGUCCUGGGCUCAAGGGCCUGACGCCCACGCCCCCGAGCCGGGGUCCCUUCGCCCUGCCGCAGUCGUGGCAGCGGGCGGCACGGACGGCGCCCGUGGCGGGGGCCUUCGGGCUGCUGAGCGGGGGCCUCCAGGGGUACCUGGUACUCUACACUCUGGGCUACGGCGGUCAGCUUGGCCUGGCAGGGCCCUGGCCCUGGUGGGCCUUCCAGCUGGGCGUGCGGCUGGGUGAGGUCGGCGUGGCGUUGCCGUUAGCCUUGCUGGGGCUCUACCCGGCGCUCUGUAGCCCCCGUCUCUCCCAGAGAUGCUGGGCCAAGCUGUUCCGCUUGUCCCCGGGCCACGGGGCCCCCCUGCUGCCGUCCGGCUGGGGCCCCGGGCCCCAAGACAAGUUGCCCCCAGGAAGCGCCAUGGAGCAGGGCGAGGCUGAGCUGUUGCCUCUGUGUGCCCUGGCCGGGCCGGGCCCUGACCUUCUCCUCCCGGGGGGCGGCCACCUGGGCAUGGAGGGGGCGGCUGCCCACACAGCCCCGUCGGCCACUUCCUCCCCGGGCACCGGCAGUGACUGCACCGUGGACUUCUGCCCCCCGUCCCCCAUCGACCUGCACCGGAGCAUUGCAGAAGCCCUCUGCAGCGAAGUCCUGAUCACCCCCAGCUUUUUCCAGGGUCCUGUCUUUAGGGAGACCCUGCCAGGGCCCAGCCUCUCCGGAACUACCUCCAGCGAGGAGAGUUCAGGGACGGGAACAAAUGGGGUCAACGGGGGAGACCCAAGCUCCCCAGCCCCUGUGCUUCCCUCCCCGGGGGCCUGGCUGGUGGGCAGCAGUGCCUCCUCGGGCUCUCUGUACGGACUCUCCAGGGACAGCUCAUCCAUGCUGCUUUGCUCCAGCCCAGAAAAGCCCCCUCGAUCUUCUUUGGCAGGGAUCUGUAGUGCCCCUCAACCUUCAGGGAAUAGCUCCAGUCCCCCCGCCCCUGGGUGCUACAGGGCUCUGUCCCUGCCCUCCUGUAACUCUCCAGAAAGGCCAGAGCUGACCAAGGACGAAGCCCUGCUCCAGGAGCAGUUCCUGGACGCCUGCCGACAGAUUGACGAGCUCAGCGUCAGCAGCGAGACCAUCGACCUGUGA